CGCAAAGGGAAAAUACCGACCAGGUGGCAACCCUAACAAACCUCAAUGUAUACGUCCUGAACUGAGCCCAAAAUGUCACACAUUUGGUCUUGGUCGGAGGAAUAGUGUUCUAUGGAACUAUUCUGGCUAUUGCGGAAGAAAAAGAAGGGUAAAGAUAAUGGUAGGAUGAUGCAGCAGAUUGUGACCAACAAGAAAAAUGAAGAGGAAAAGAAGAAGCCUGCCUUAGAUAAAAGAACACCAGCACAAAUUGCAUUUGAAAAGAUGCAGGAGAAAAGACAAAUGGAAAGAAUUUUAAACAAAGCUUCUAAAACCCACAAACAGAGAGUUGAGGAUUUUAAUCGACAUUUGGACACCCUUACUGAACAUUAUGACAUUCCGAAAGUCAGCUGGACCAAAUAAGAUUUGUUUUUAUGGACUUAAAAGCCACAUUUGCAAAACUUUAUUAUUUUUAUUUUUUUUUCCCUGUGCAGGGUCAACUCUCCCUCUUCAUGCAUUUUUUUUUUUUUUUUAUGUGAACAGGGAAGGCACACUUGUGCUGUAUCGUUCCCUCCUCCCCCCCCCCCCCCC